AUUGUUUGUGUUUGCCACUCAACUACCAACUACCAACUGCCAACAUGCCCACCUUUGAGGAGAUCGUCGAGAAGGCCAAGAGCUUCAAGAACUUGCCCACCAAGGAGGAGUUCCUCGAGUUCUACGGCUACUACAAGCAGGCCACCGUUGGUGACUGCAACAUCGAGGAGCCGGAGGAUGAGGAGAAGAAGGCCCGCUACAACGCCUGGAAGAGCAAGGCCGGUCUGACCGCCGACGAUGCCAAGGCCUACUACAUCGAGGUCUACAAGAAGUACGCCCCCAAGUACGAAUAAGAUGGAUCUACUCUUAUUCCCUCGUUGAACCCUUUCUCUAAUCUAUGCAUGUGGAUAUUUGUUGAAACUCAGUGUAUUUAUUGUAAUUUUAUAAUAAACCAAAGCCCUAUGCAUUUACCUUAA